UUGACCUUGCUUCCACAGUUUAUAUUCCUCCUUUCUCUCUCCCUUUUAUUUUAAUUUUUAAUUUUGAAAUAAAAAUAAUAAUCUGUGAAUAUGUCAACAACUAAGGUUGUCACCAAGGGUAUUCCAGCUUGUGCUGACCUAGAUUCUUGCUGAACAUGGAUUUGUUCUUCUCCUACCACCAUUUGUAAAUUGAAAGCUCUCUUUCAAAACAGCAAAAGGGCUCACCUACCAAUUUGUCUUCUGCUUCUCUGGCUUUUGGUUCAUACAGGUCCAGGUGUAGCUGUAACAGUGUUAAAGGUGUCAUCUUUCUUCUUUUGUUCUUCCUUCCUCUUUCUCCCUGUGUUUGACUUCUGUGGUUUUAUGCUUGAUUAGUAAAAAAAACUCGUUCCUUUCCUUUUCUGCUUGUACUAGAUAUCUAUCAUCCAAGGAUUCAAUUUGCUUCAAAAAGAUACAAUUUUGAAAAGGAAAAACAAAAUCCCCAUAUACCCAUUUGGCAAUUUCUUUCAUUUCUAGAUGUCAUGAUGGUGGAUUUGAGAAAAGUUGGUUUCUUUUUUUGUGUUUUCUACAUCUUGCCUUUGGCGUGUUUUUCUGCUACCUUUGUUCCUGUUGAUAACUACCUUAUAGAUUGUGGAGCAACUUCAAGUACUCCAGUAGGUAACCUCAAUUUCUCAGCUGAUAGUUUCUCUAAGAAACUACUUUCCACACAAGAAGAUAUUCUUGCUAGUACCUCUUCAAAAUCUGUUAAUUCUUCAUCUGAUGAGUCCCCUUUGUACCAAACUGCAAGAAUCUUCACUGGAUCCUCAAAAUACACUUUCCAAAUUAACCAAAAGGGGAGACACUGGAUCCGGCUUUACUUCUUUCCAUUUACCUAUGAGAAGUACAAUUUGAAUGCUGCAAGUUUCUCUGUUGCUACACAAAACCAUGUUCUUCUUGGUGGCUUCACUGCUCAGAAAAAUCCUGUGAUGAAGGAAUUUUCUGUAAAUGUCACUACAGACACCCUUGUGCUCACAUUCACGCCUUCGGAGAAUUCCACUGCUUUUGUGAAUGCCAUUGAAGUUGUUUCUGUCCCUGAUGAGCUCAUUGCUGAUGAUGCUUUUCAGUUAGAAACAUUAGCAACCUACACUGGGCUGGUGACACAGGCUGUGGAGACAGUUUGGAGGGUUAACAUGGGUGGUCCGGCUGUCUCCUCCGGCGAUGACCCCCUUCGUCGAACCUGGAUUCCGGAUCAGAGUUUCCUUCGGAUACCAAACCUUGUUUUGGAUGUUUCGAAUAUUGAUGCUGUUAAGUAUGAGGAUGGAGGGCCAACACAAAACAUUGCUCCACCUACUGUUUAUGGUACUGCCGCUCAGAUGAACACGAGCAGUGAUCCACGUAGUAAUUUCAAUAUCACAUGGCAGUUUGAUGUGGUUCCUGGAUUUCAGUACCUUGUUCGGCUUCACUUCUGUGAUGUAGUCAGUAAAGGUCUCAACCAACUCUACUUCAAUGCUUAUGUUGACUCCUUGGCGGCUGCGAACCUUGAUCUCAGUAUUCUUAGUGAUAAUGUUUUGGGUGCUCCCUAUUACAAGGAUGUGGUAACAGCCUUGGCUGUCAGCAAUACACUCCGUGUGAGCGUUGGUCCAUCUGAUGCAAAUAAUAACAACCAUAAUGCCAUUUUGAAUGGGCUGGAGAUAAUGAAAAUGAACAAUUCUGCCGGGAGCCUCAGCGCAGCGGCAGGGGCGGGGGUUAUAACCUCUGGUUCGAGUUCUAGUAAAGUUGGUGUGAUAGUCGGUGUGAGUCUCGGGCUACUUGGUGCAGUGGUAUUGGCUGGUGUUUUCUUUGUACUAUGCUGCAGAAGAAGAAAGUUGGCAAGACAAGCGCAGUCAAAGACAUGGAUUCCUUUGUCCAUCAACGAUGGAAUUUCCCACACGAUGGGAAGUAAAUAUUCCAAUGGAACUACAAUAAGCGCUGCUUCAAACUUCGAGUAUCGUGUCCCUUUUGCUGCAGUUUGGGAGGCUACAAACAAUUUUGAUGAGAAUUGGGUUAUUGGGGUAGGUGGUUUUGGGAAAGUAUACAAGGGAGAACUAAGCGAUGGCACAAAAGUGGCUGUCAAGAGGGGCAAUCCAAAGUCCCAGCAGGGGUUUGCAGAAUUCCGAACUGAGAUUGAAAUGCUGUCUCAGUUCCGUCAUCGCCAUCUGGUAUCUUUGAUUGGUUAUUGUGAUGAAAAGAAUGAAAUGAUCUUGAUAUAUGAAUAUAUGGAGCAGGGAACACUGAAGAGUCAUCUAUACGGUUCAGGUUUCCCGAGCUUAAGUUGGAAGGAGAGACUUGACAUAUGCAUUGGAUCUGCUAGAGGACUUCAUUACCUACACACUGGCUAUGCUAAAGCGGUUAUUCACCGUGACGUGAAGUCUGCAAAUAUCCUACUUGAUGAUAACCUAAUGGCCAAGGUUGCUGAUUUUGGAUUAUCGAAGACCGGACCUGAACUCGAUCAGACACAUGUGAGCACAGCUGUGAAAGGGAGUUUCGGGUACCUUGAUCCAGAGUAUUUCAGGAGGCAACAACUAACAGAAAAGUCAGACGUGUAUUCGUUCGGGGUCGUUCUGUUUGAAGUUCUUUGUGCAAGACCUGUCAUAGAUCCUUCCCUUCCUAGGGAAAUGGUGAACCUUGCAGAAUGGGCGAUGAAAUGGCAGAAAAAAGGGCAGUUGGAGCAAAUCAUAGAUCCGACACUCGCCGGAAAAGUCCGACCGGAUUCUCUUAGGAAGUUUGGAGAAACUGCGGAAAAAUGCUUGGCCGACUAUGGUGUUGACAGGCCUUCUAUGGGGGAUGUGUUGUGGAAUUUGGAGUAUGCUCUCCAACUCCAAGAGGCUGUGGUUCAAGGUGAUCCUGAAGAGAACAGCACCAAUAUGAUUGGUGAACUCUCACCACAGGUCAACAAUUUCGACCACGAUGCGAGUGCUUCUUCUGCUGUGCAAUUUGAAGGUUCAACUGUGGAUGAUCUCUCUGGUGUUUCCAUGAGCAGGGUAUUCUCACAGUUGGUUAAGUCUGAGGGUAGAUGAGUGCUGGUAUCCAAUCUUCUGAAUUAUGUAUUACAAUACUCUUCUUUUGUGAUUUUUGUUGUCUAUCUUCUGAAUGCGAUAACUUGAUUAGUAGUUAUCUGCCCCAACAUAGGAGAUUGGGGCACAUCGAGCAUGUUUGGUUCCACGGUAAAAUGCUCUAGGAUCACUUCUGGUAAGAAGCAGCUAUAAGUCUUAGCUUCUGAGUAAACGUGCAUUGCAUUUUCUGAAAAUUGUGAAACCAAGAAUAUUAUUUAUAGAUUUGUAAAGAAAUAUGGAGUUAAUGAAACAUGUUUGCUUAAUUGGUAA